CCUUGGCCACUCGAAGAACACCAGCGGCGACAGACGUACAUCGCAGAGACGCGCUAACGACAAAUCACUGUUAAUGGCAUUUAGCAAACCAGAGACACAGAAGACCCCGAAGCAUAAACAAGACACCUGAUAUUGAUCUUCAGCGCGAGAUAUGGCACUCUCUGUCAAAGGCGAUGAAUGUUUAGACACGUGACUGAGACUGUGCUUUCGUUUAUAAAUACCUAUACGAAAGCAUAUUUUCAUGUCAACAAUUUUUAAUUUUUAAAAUCUUAUACGGCAUGAUUCCAACGUUUGACAAAUUACCUCUUGAGAAGGAAAGCUACCCAUGGGAUGUUGGUCAACAAGGUUCAACUUCGGACACCUGAAAGCGCAGUCUAAGGUGUCCGUGUUCUUCACGAUGAUAAUUCUUUUCACCUAUGUAUUCUACUGUCUUACCGGAUACUGCGAUUUAAUACCAAGUCCACUGCACGAACUCCAAAGUUUCAAAAACAAGCGUUACCCUGAGGAAGGAAGUAAACCUCAGCCGGUCGCGCCCUGGAACCGUUCGAUUGUGCGCGACUUACCAGGGUCGAACCAAGACUUUUUAUCGCAAAAUGUGGAAGAGACGAAUCACAUUUACAGUGACAGUUACAACCUUUCGGUAUUCAACAACUUUGGAAACAAAGAGUUUCCCCAGGCGAUCAUCAUCGGCGUGAAAAAGGGUGGCACUAGGGCGCUUCUUGAGUUCCUGCGCGUGCACCCCGACGUCAGAGCGGUGGGUGCGGAGCCGCACUUCUUUGACAGAUUCUACGAAAAAGGUCUUGAAUGGUACAGGAAUAUAAUGCCUCGUACUUUGGAAGGACAAAUCACCAUGGAGAAGACACCCAGCUACUUUGUCACGCGAGAAGCCCCUCGUCGUGUCUAUGCCAUGAGCCGCCACACAAAACUCAUCGUGGUGGUUCGCGAUCCCGUCACCCGGGCUAUCUCCGACUACACCCAGACACUUUCCAAAAGCCCCAGCCUGCCUUCAUUCCAGGACCUGGUGUUCCGGAACUCCAGCACGGGCCUCAUUGACACAGCUUGGAGUGCCGUGCGGAUCGGCAUCUAUGCCAAGCACCUGGAGAACUGGCUCCGCUUCUUCCCGCUCUCUCGCCUACUCUUCGUCAGCGGUGAGAGGCUCGUGACGGACCCGGCUGGCGAGAUGGGGCAUGUGCAGGACUUCCUGGGCUUGAAGAGAGUAGUCACCAAUAAACACUUCUACUUCAACCAGACCAAAGGCUUCCCCUGUUUGAAGAAGCCCGAGGGUGGCAGCAGGCCCAGGUGCCUGGGAAAGUCGAAAGGCCGUGCUCAUCCCCACAUCCCAGCUGAGGUGCUGCUCAGACUGAGGGACUUCUACAGACCUUUCAAUCUAAAAUUCUACCAGAUGACAGGCCAGGACUUUGGCUGGGAAUAAAAGGCUAUUGAAUGCAGCAUGUGAUAGCAAGCUGCUUUUUUCACAUUCAGUUGAUCAUAAAUGUCAACACCACACCAAAAGCUAUUAAGUUAAUGAUAUUUUUAUUAUGACUAGUCAGUCAUAGAUGCAGCUUGUGGUUAGUAAUACUACAGUACGGCUGGAAUGGUGGUAGCAUAGUGACCUUUUUUUUAAAUACAGCAGAUAUAGAGCAAUCUGUUUGUUCAUUGAUGGAGUCAAAUUUUUAUGUGUUUUAUGUAAAAUGUAAAUCACCCAUUCUCUUCACCUCAGCAUUCAGUGCCUGAUCUUCCCUUUUUAAAAUCUUUAGGUUUACCCUAAAGUUUCAACCACAAGUCUCCAGUUUCAAUCUGUUUUAACCUUCUAUGUACAUGGGACCAGUCAGAUUCUGUAACGAGGAGGCUAAGCAGGAUGCGGUGACGAGUCGCAUUAAACAUGUUUAUUUACACACGUAACACUCAACGUAGCUCGCAGGCUAUCAUAUCAAAACACCGAAAACAGUAAUACAUAGACUCUAGACUUUUAUACACACAGACUAAUGAAACAACGAGGAGCAGGUGUGGAACACAGGAGGGGCGUGGCCACACUGACGAACACACACGCACACGAGGAGACGUUCGGGAUGGGGGUGGGGGGUACCGUGACAGAUUCCACUAUGAUUUCAGUGAAAUUUAAUAGCAUCUAGAUACUUCUGCUGAGCUCUUAGGUUUAAGGCUACCUUUGCAUCAAUACAAAAUAGUUAUAGAGACCAGUAGAGCAUUUAACUAGGUCAGGAACCUAAAACGUAUGCCUUUAUUUUCCAAAAUGUGCCAUCUGUUAAGAUAUAUAUGUUAUAGUGUGACUUUUAAAAAAAAGCUGGUCUUAAAUGAGUGUACAGGGAUAAUAAACUAUUCCAUUUUCCUCCCUUCACUCUUAUGGGUGAAUGUUCAGUGAAUUCAGUGUAAAAUUCACCUCAUAACUGCCAUAUCUCUGUUAAUGCUUGGUCUGUGGCUCUAGGACGGCACAACCCUUUUCUAUAUCAGACGUGGGCCAAACCAAUGAGCACAUUUGGUAGCUAUGAUCCAACCACCAUUACGUAAUGAAUUCGGGCCAGUUAAGGCUGUAAGAAUUUCAGUUAAGUUCAGACCGCUUUUCUUCUGGAGCAGGGGUGCCCAACUUCAUUCCUGAAUGACUAGAGUCCAGCACAAUUUAGCGAGUUCCUCUCAGCCUCAGAUGAUUUAUGUCACCAGGUAACAGCCAGGUUUAGUAGGUGUUAGGACAGGUAUGUCAUCAGGUAACAGCCAAGAUUAGUAGGUGUGUUCACACAGGAAAAUGACUGAACUGAUGGAUUCCAGGCCUCUAAGGCAAAAGCCUGUUCUAAAAGUUCUGAUCUUCUGUUUAUGUUUACCUGUUUCAUUGUCAUAUAAGAAAGACAUUUGGUUGAGUCUAAAGUUUAUGUAUCUGUUAGCAUUCUAUUACACCAUUGCCUGAUUUUUAAUAGCCCUGAGGAGCCAUUCAGAUUUUACAUGCCCUUUCCUUUUGAUAUUUGCAUUUUCUUUUCUCUAAAUUUGAUUCUGUAGUCUUCCUUAAUAAGUGCAGUGUCCAAACGUUCUAAAGGUUUAAAAGAUGUUAUUAAAAUAAGCUUUUAAGGUGAAAAAAAAAAGUGUUCUACCAAUGACUUAAGAAAAAUAUAAUUUGAAGGCGCAAUAACGAGAAAGUUCAUGUUUUAUUAGCAGCCGCACAGUAUUGGCCACAUCUGAUCAUAUGUCUGUCCACAAAGUUCAUCUGCAUGACCAAGGUAACAUUAAAAACCUUUUACACUUUCAUUUGAUAUCACAUUCACUCACUCUUAAUGGGUUCUGAACUUGAGUGGGAAAUUUCGCCUACUGCGUGAUUAAGAUUUUUCAUCUUGUAAAAGGGUGGAUACAAGACUAUGCCUUAUUUUAAUGCCAGACUGCCAGUUUAUAACGUGCUUGUUUGCUGUACAUUUAUUAUUUAUAUGUUAAAAAAAAUAUGGUGGAUGUUUUCCACAUGUAAUUCUGCCUUUGACUGAACAGACUUGUUCUGGUUUUAUUCACCUUUUCAGAUCCACUAUUAAUGAUAGAGGUUUGAAUAAUAAUUUAUAUUGUCUAUGAUGCAAGUUUUUGUUUAAAUAAACAUCUGACAUUUAA